UGUUCCGGUUUAUAACCUGUUUACGAAUAAUAUUUAUUUUUGGUUUUCGCCUUUCGUCGUUAAUUGAUAUAUAUUUUUUAACUCAUAUUUAACUUCUUGCCGUACACCGUGUAUCGAGAGGAUUUGUUUUUAUACAACUGGUGUGUCAAUGAGUAGAAGCCUGUGUUUCAGUUAAAUAACUUGUUCCAAAUGCAAUAUGCAAGAAGUAGCAGUCUUCGUUUGUAGUUUUUGUAAAGACACAUUCGAUUGUAAAGAUGAUAUCGCAUGCCAUAUACUAAAUACCCACAAUAGUAAUAAAAUCGUAAAAAGGUUACGAGAGCAGCUAACAAAACUAAACACCAAGUCGUCCAAGCUAAAACCUAGUAAAUCAUGUCAAAAACAAGAGAAACCUGGCUCUAUUCAACAGACUAAGGUGAAGAACCUUGAAAAAGAAUUUUACUGUGAUAUUUGCUACUAUAAAACUGUUCAUCGGUCUACAUACAAGAGGCAUUUGUUAAAACAUGAAAAAGAUGGAAGACAACACAAAUGCACAUAUUGUUCGUACUCAGCCGUACAGCCACAUAAUCUAAAAGUUCAUCUGAAAACUGUACAUCCAUUUGGUGCUGUGGAGCCUGUUAUUAUUGAUCAAAGUCAAGUUGAUACUUCAUGGAUAUACUCAUGAAGACACAUACAUCACUGGCUCAGUGACCCAAAGAGGAUCUUGGCCUCUCACACAAGACCGCGCCACUCUGCCCUAUUCUGUGCCACUUUACGCC